UCCAAAUAUGAUAAGAUUUCCAGCUUGUGCGUUUACUGGAAUACCAGCUCCUCGGACAACACGAGUUUAGGUAUUUGGGCAACUAAUGGAUGUGAGUUGACUGAUCAGAACGAUACUCAUGUCAUCUGUUCCUGUUAUCAUCUAACUCACUUUGCUGUACUUAUGAUCAGAGAACCGGGAGCGAUCGGGGCCACACACGUGCGAGUCCUCACGAUAUUAUCAAACAUUGGAUGUAGUUUGUCUGUGUUUGGAUCGGUAGCAACGGUUUUGGCUUUCAUCUUUCUAAAGAUGAAUACUGAUCGUGUGUUGAUCCACAGCAACCUGGCUUCAUCUAUUGCGAUGUCACAGAUUCUAUUCCUAGCUCAGGGUUCUCUUCAGCCUAUGACGAUCGGAUGUAAGGUAAUGGCUGGUAUCAUGUAUUAUUUCUUCACGGCCUCCUUUGUGUGGAUGAUGGUUGAAGGUCUUCAGUUAUAUACCCAGGUUGUUCUUGUAUUCAACCAAGAAAACAGUAAAAUGAGAUACUACAUGAUCGGUGGAUGGGGAAUUCCACUUAUAAUGACGGCAGUCGUUAUUGGAUCAACUUUGGAGAGCAUAGGGCGUCGACCUGAUGUCUGCUGGUUGGAUUACUCAGACAACUCCAUCUAUCUCUUCGUCAUCCCAACCCUAUGCGUGGUGAUAGCUAACAUGGCUAUCUUAACUCGUGUUACAGUGGUGAUUGUCAACCUGAAGAAUCAUGAUCAACUUAAGAGAGAUGACGCUAAAUAUCAGAAACUCAAAUACGCUCUGAAGGCUUCUCUGACCAUAUCUCCUCUGAUGGGAUCAACCUGGAUGUUUGGUGUGCUAACCCUUGCUGACUCCUCCAACCUGGCUUUUCUUUACAUCUUCGUCUUAUGUAACUCAAUCCAAGGACUACUCAUCUUCAUUCUACAUUGCCUUAAUAGCCAAGAGGUUCGCGAUGUAUUCAAACGUCGCAUGGAGUUGUAUCGUAUCGGACGAUCAGUUCGUAAGUUUAGAAUCCAACCUACAAACAGCUCCAUGAAUGAUUCUACUACGAAUGAAGGAAAGUUUAUUCGGAGUACCGUAAAUACGCUGUCUUCAAUGGUAAGCAAAGAUCAGAAGACUACAUAAAGUGGUACCCUUUAUGGCUGCGAAUUCUUGA